AUGAAGAUAUCACUCGGGAAAGGAUCAUUAUUGUUGCCUCUACUCCUAAUACAAUUGGUAUUGGGUAGUCCAGCAGUGAUUCCUAAUCACGAUUCGACUGAUCUCACAAUUGAGGCAGAUGCAAAUAGCAAUGACGUAGUUGAUACUUCGAUAGUGGAAGGAGUAGCACCAAAUGAAGGGCAACCACCCAAGAAAGCAAAUAAUAAAGUGAGUGAUAAAGUGAUAGCUGCGGCCGAUGAAGCUACUGACAAAGAAGUUGACGUUGGGGAAGUACUUGAUACAGAUACUAUUGCUGUUCCUGAAGCAGAAAAGGAACCUAAAGAACCUACUCCACAAAAGGAAACUAAAGAGAAAGUGGAAGAAAAGCAACCAGCUAAACCAGCUAGUAAAUUGCCACCACCAUUAGGUGUCGAUAAUUUUGAUACAAUUACUAGUGAAAGACUUUCAUUUGUUGAAUUUUACUCUCCUUAUUGUCAUCAUUGUACUGCAUUAGCACCAAUUUGGGAAGAAGCAUACCUUCAAUUCAAAACUGAAGCAGUGAAAUUAAAUAUUCAAAUGGUCCAAGUGAAUUGUGUUGAAAGUGGAGAUUUAUGUGAAAGGGAGCAAAUUUCAUAUUAUCCAAAUUUACAAUUAUAUGCUCCAGAAAGAAAUUCAGAAACAGGAGAACUUCUACCUGGUAAGCUGAAAAAGGUAGGUAUGUUCCCAAGAUCUUUGGUUAGAACUAGUGAAAAUUUUCAAAAAUAUUUAAGAAAUUCAGCUGCUGAAUAUAAUGCUGGAACUAUUGAUAUACCAUCUUCAUCAGAAUUACUUGAUGCAGAUCAAAUGUUAAGUAUCUUAGCUGGAAAAAAGGAAGAAGCUUAUUUCGUUACAUUCUUCCCAUCUACUGAUGAACAAUGGAAGAAGACUGAAUCAACUGGUAAGAGUGCAUUUCAAAAGAGUUGUGAUGAUUGUUUAGAAUAUAAGCAAAUUUGGGAUCAAUUAUCAAAUCAAAUCCAAACUGUUUCUAAAACUGGUCAUUUCAAUUGUCAAACCAAUCCAUCAUUAUGUCAGCUGAUGAAUUUUAAUGAAUUAACACCUACCAAUACAAGAUCAACACCUAAAUUCGUUAUGUUUUUGCCUAAGACAACUGGAAAAAUUAGAUUUGAUUAUAAAGGCGAAGUUUCCAUAGACAAAAUGAAAGCUUGGGUUAAUAGAUUAUGGCAGAAUGCUCAAUUUGAAACCCUUACUGCUAGAGCAUUAGGUGAUGUAAUGGAAUACAGAAAAGAAUUACCUCAUGAACCAUUAGAUUCUUACUAUCCUUUGGAAAAUAAAAUAUCUGUGAUAUUUUACUUUGAUCCAGAUACCAAUUCCGACGAGGAUAGAGCUAUAUUACCAUACUUAUUGGAUUACGUUACUUAUUCACCUUUCAAUAUGUAUUUGUAUACAUCCAAACACAAGAAGCUUGAACAAGGUGUUUUAACACAAGCUGAGAAUUUGGUUAAAUUCAUCAAUGCUGAUCCAAAAUCAUCCUCUCAAUAUAAAUUUAAUAAAGCAAGUUAUUUAGCUACUACUUUAACUUCCAAACCAACUAUUUUAAUAUUUAAAGAUAAUACUUUAAUAACAGAUAUUUAUCAAAAUUUUGCACCUGAAGAUAUGAGAGAUACAAGAAAGAUUGAAAAGUUUAUUAAUGAUGCUAUGUAUCCGUUAUAUCAAGAAUUGACUGCUGAAUUGGUACCAUAUUAUUUCAAUCGUCCAAAUGAUGAACAUAAAGGUGAUAAAGUAGUGGUUACCUUCAUAGAUUCUACUGAUGCAUCAUCAACUAAUAAACAAUUAUACAACAUCUCAUUAAUUGCUCAUGAAUAUGCUUAUUUAAAGAAAGAAUAUUAUUUCAACCAAAUUUCGGCCAACAGAGAAGAAAAGCAAUCCAGAGUUGAAAAAUUAAAACAACAAAAUUCAGAUAGUAUUCCUAUUAUAAAAGAGUUACGUAGAGAGAUACCUCAUCUUUUUAAUAAUAAUCAAGUAUUAUUUACGUUUGUUGAUAAGAGUAAGAAAGAUCAAUUUUAUAGAAGUUCCAAGUGGAAUAUAGAUUCGAAUGAUUAUAAUAUUGGUGAUUGUAUAAUCUUAACUAAAGAUAAUAGAUACUUUUGGGAUGAAAAUCUUGAAGGAGAACAAUUAACCAAUGAUCCAACUGUUUUGAAACCAGUCUUAUUAUCAUUAUUAGAUCCAAAACUAGUUAAUGGAAACACACCUCAUAUAAUGUUGGUUGGUAGUCCAUAUGGUGAUAGUUUAAGAUUUAUGGAUCAUAUCCAUGAACGUGGAGUGUUGGGAUAUUUAUCCCUUUUUGUCAUUUUAUAUCUUGUUUUCUUCUUCGGUCGUCGUUUGUUUAAGAAGAGAAGAUUUAUUAAACAUAAAUCAAGUCCAUCAUCUUCUGGAGCUGGUAUCCUUGGUAAUAAUUACGUACCUAAAAAGGACUAA